UUUUCCGGCUGUCUCUUGCCACUUUUCUCUGCAGCAGUGGACACAGAGAGGAUAUGACAUAAGUGAAACUUAAAGGCCCUCCUAAUUGGCGAUGAAGAGCAUGAUGCCGCUCUUCGGGGAGUGAAGGCAGGAAGGAACGGGGGAGGGAGGAGCAGACGACAGGAUCUCUAAGUGCUCUCUCAGAUCCUUUGCAGACUGGCCAAUCUAGGUUUUUUCCAUUUUUACUGAACUACAAAUUACAUCUGUUGUUCAUGACCUCGGCCCAAGAGGUUGUGUGAUUGGUUCAGUUUGUCUAUUUUUCUUUGUUAGCAGGAUUAUUCCAAAAUGUAUGGACGGAAUUUUUUAUGAAGGAUAGGUCUCAGGCACCGUUAACAGGUGACUAUAUUUUGGGAGAUUCUCCAUCUUAACAUUUUGAAUCAUAUCUUAAAACUUUUCAAACACACAUAACAUUUUAAGAAUAUGUAGAGAUGGUAAUGCAAAUUGUGGGGGAAACAGCAUAUAGGUGGGGGAUUGUUCAGCCAGUGUGAUUCAGCACACAUGGAUUUUGAGGUGAAAGAAAGAAAAAAAAGAUGAAAUAAUUGAAGCCGUAUGCCAGACAGAAAUGUUGAGAAGAGUGAACUCGAGACGGGAAUAGGUUUUCGCUGAUGAGACCAGUCGGGACAAAGUUUGUUUGCGUCAGCUAGUAUCAUAUCCUGCUUCUUCCCACAUUAAUUUUGCCGGAGCAAAAUAAUGGAACAAAUUAACUUCUACUGGCUUGUCCCCAGACUUCAGGUAGAAUUUAAUCAGCACGGCUUCAACCCUCAUUCCUGCCUCGCAUUCUGCAUCUAGCUGAACUCGGCGCAGCCUUCAGUCUCCUCUCUUCACUGCCGUCUCUCCAACUCUCUGAAAACUUCCCUAAUUGGCCGGCUGCAGGUUCCUGUAAUCCUGCCGAAGGACAGCUCUGUGCAUGUGUUGAAAGGAUGUUGAUGUGUGGAUGAUAUAAGAGAACGGGUGAGAGAGAGAAAAAAAAACAUGUGGGCUGCUCCCACUCCCACAGUCGCGGACAGUUGUUAGCAGCUUUCUUUCACAUAGCAAUAUGUGAGGCACAGUAUAUAAAUAGAUGCUUAUGCAAUGCUGUGAUGAGCCAUUAUAUAAUUACACACAGUUAAAACUCACGUCUUCUCAAUGUUUUACAUCAGAGCACAUGACACUGGUGCAUUGACACUGGCCCAGUUCAGCUCAUGAAUGUGAAGCUGCAGUUGCUGUCGUCAUGUGCGGCUUCAUGCUGUAAGCAUAUGGAAAUCAUCUCACCUCCCGUCUCUCACCUCCCGUCUCUGCCUGAGUCAAUUCAGGGCUAAUGGUGUAUAGAAGCGUAGACCAGGAGACAGAUGAAGGACGUGCUGUCAUUGAAUCUCAGCAGUGUUGAUUCCCACACUUCAGGCUACAUCUACACCACUACAUCAUCAACAACAACAACAACCCUCCAUACUCUCUGUGGCGGUGAAGAUGACCACGGCGCGGUACCGUCCCACCUGGGAGCUGGCCGUGGACCCCCUGGUCUCAUGUAAGCUGUGCCUUGGAGAGUUCCCUCUGGAGCAGAUGACCACCAUCACACAGUGCCAAUGUGUCUUCUGUACACUGUGCCUGAAGCAGUAUGUGGAGCUCCUGAUUAAAGAAGGCCUUGAAACUGCAAUUAGCUGUCCAGACUCUGCCUGUCCCAAGAGAGGACACUUGCAGGAAAAUGAGAUUGAGUGCAUGGUGGCCACGGAGAUGAUGCAGAGAUACAAGAAGCUCCAGUUUGAAAGGGAAGUGCUGCUGGACCCGUGCCGGACCUGGUGCCCUUCCUCGACCUGCCAGGCCGUGUGCCAACUAAAGGAAUCUGAUUCUCCAGCGCUGCCCCAGCUGGUACAGUGCGCCGUCUGCGCCCUCGAGUUCUGCUCCGCCUGCAAGGCCAACUGGCACCCAGGGCAGGCCUGCCAGGAGAACAACCUGCCCAUCACCUCCUUCCUACCAGGGGAAAACAGCUCUUUCUAUAAGAACGAAGAGGACGACGCGCCGAUCAAGCGCUGUCCUAAAUGCAAAGUUUACAUCGAGAGGGACGAGGGCUGUGCACAGAUGAUGUGCAAGAACUGCAAACACGCCUUCUGCUGGUACUGUCUGGAGUCGCUGGAUGACGACUUUCUCCUGAUCCACUAUGACAAAGGGCCCUGUCGAAAUAAACUGGGCCACUCCAGGGCGUCUGUUAUCUGGCACAGAACACAGGUCGUGGGGAUCUUUGCCGGCUUCGGCCUGCUCCUGCUGGUCGCCUCCCCUUUCCUCCUACUGGCCACUCCCAUCGUCCUCUGCUGCAAGUGCAAGUGCAGCAAAGGCGACGACGACCCUCUGCCAACCUAAAACACGCCAUUAAGAGCUGGAGUGCAGAGCCAUUCCAAGGAUGGGCCAUCUUUUUUUCCUUUUCACCCCUUUACAUUCUUUUCCUCCCGCCAGCUUCGAGAGCUUCAUAUUUUUGGACCGAGCCUGCUGCUCCAGCCCCUGGGCCGCUCCCGGGGUCCAUCGCUCUGCAUGAGAGAGAGGCGUGGCAGAAAAGCGAACCUACACCUUGGCCUGAAGAGAGGUGCAGGGUCAAAGGUCAGAGGAGGUCAGACUUGUCUAAGGACUACCGUGUCCGUGUGUGUGGGACGGCAGGGGUUUGGGGAUGUGACGGAAGACCGGGCCACUUUGAGUGGCCUUACUGUGGGAAACUGUGGUGUGGUCAGUACAAAGGGAAAAAAAUCAAUGUUGGGAAAUCCUCUUCUCUUGUAUGGACAACGUCGUGCAGGAGCCACUUCAGUAAAAGACACAUCUUUUUCUCCCUCUGUUUUUGUCGGUUUGUCGUAACGCAACAAAAGCUUUUUCUUUUUCCACCACCACACGAGAUGUAGCUCUACAGAUUCAGUCCGUAGCAUUAGAGUUGCACCACGCUUGUCUGGUGUUCACUCGAUUUGCACACGCAACAUGAUUCAAUCGUCAUGUUCACGGCCGAGGUCGAAAUGGGAGACUGUCGUCACUCGACUCAUUCGUACAGCACGUCCUCUUGAUGAUGUCAAUGUUUAUAACCCGUCGCUUUUAAUAGAACCGUGCUCAGAGUUGUGUGUGUGCGUUGUACUUUUGAGUGUUUUUUCAAACCGUUAGGUACAUUUAUUGAAGGGGAUCGCCACUCAACUCUAAAAACGCACUUAUUAAGGAACUAUGAAGACUAGUUUGUUAUAUAUCAGCUUAUACCCAAAUGUUCUUUUUUGUGAUUAUUGUUUCCAUCUCUCCUAAUUCCUUCUCCUUGACACACCAUCCAGACGUUACACUCGAUUUAAUGAUAUGUCCCAGACUGAGUGGCGAUCCCCUUUAAGUUCAGCAUUCAUUUGAAGUUUAUCAGAGGACUUUAUAUCCACAUGUUGUGGAACCUUUUUCAUACUUCACAAAAAAAAAAGACUCCUGUAAUUCUCAUUCCCCAGGUGGUCAAAUAGAAAUUAAUAGCCUUAAAUUGAGAAGAGCCAAAAUCUGGCAUUUCCCCCUGUGCUUUAAAAAGUCAAAAUCCAAAUAUUCCCAGGGAAAGCAUGUUUAAAAAGCAUUUUUAGAACACAACAGUCAGUGAAGCCCUUUAUAUUCAGAUGAUUCUAUGAUGUCACCCAUAUGCCACGCUGUUAAUAGCCAUACUGUAAAAAGAAUAAGAAAUAAAAAACUGUCCUCAACUGAUGUUCUCUGUGACAUUGGACCUGUAUUUCUUAAACGUCUUUGAGGACGAGUGCUGAUUAAAAUCCAUCCAACCAUUUGAAACUAAACUCCUAUUAGAGAUUUAACAAACACCCAUCGGCCAACGCUGCAAACUUGCAUAAUGUCAGUGGUCCGAGUGUCGACGCCGUUCCAUCUUGUUGGCAGGUAGUCCUCCAACAACGAGCAGCUACUCCUCGCACGGACGUCUGAAAAGCCCGAAUACAAAAGAAUGUUCCACUUUCUGGGCACAUAAUUAUGAAGCUGCUUUAUACUAUAUCACUUUAUCUAUGCAAGUUUGUACAUUACCAUUCUGAAAGGCUAUGGGUUGGUUGUGAUCAGCCGUCAGUCCUCGGUACGGGUUGCAUAGUGAAAGCUGCAGAAUGUCACAGUGCACGUGCGUAUCACGGUGUUUUAUUUCAUCAGGUUCAGAAACGAUCGUCAUCUCUGCUGCUGUUCACAGUCUUUUAGUCCUUCUUCAAGGUCGCUAGUUCCACAGAAUUUGGACACAAAAAAUAGUUAUGUCAUCAAAAAUCAUUCAGUUAUAAAGAUUUUUAUUUUUGUUUAGUUUUGCUACCGUGCAAAGUCAUAAGCCAAUGACAUUAUCCUUUCCUUAUGGUGUGAUUCAUCGGUGUCCAUGUAGCAUUUCACGAGGAGUGUGGCUACAGUUACCAAAAAAAGUGAUAUUCCACAUGAUAUUCCUCGUUGUGAGUAGCCUUAAGUUCUGACUAUCUUACCGGUAGCCUGAUGCUUUCACUGACCUCACCUAUUGUACGGGCAUGAGCGUAUGAUAUCAAAGCCAAUCCAAAUUUCUACCUUUCCAUUUACCUUCAGCUCCUUAACCCUGAUAUAGUUCAAGUUCCACGAGCUUUUGUUGUUUUCAUGACAAUCGUGCCAAGCAGAUUUCCUGGAAGGGAUAAGGAAAUAGAACUGUACGUGCAUUUUGACCCUUGUAUAUUUGUAAUGUAUUAACAGUUUUUACUGAGUGGAGAGUAUUUUAAUGCUUCUUUUAUGUAAGCGCUACACUCUAUAUGAGUUUGUGUGUGUGUGUGUGUGUGUGAGUGCAUGAGAGAGCGAGAGAGUUUUGCAGCUGAAAUCCUUGUCGACAGAGAAGUCAAAAACAUAUGAGAGAUUGCAUCUGUACUUUUUAAGGGUUGUUGCGGUUCAGUCAGUCACGGGUCUGAUUUCAGCAGGGUGAAAACAAAUUCAAAAUAUGUUCAAUUAAACACAAAAAUGAUCAUCAAAGUCUUGACAGGCACACAAUUACAAAUGUUCAAUAAACCAGAUCCAUUUUUUUUUUCUUUGCUCACUGUAUAUGCUGUAUUAUGCAACAAAUGUAAAAGGGCCAAACAACAUCUCAGUCACAUCGCAGAAUUACUCUGGGUUUUUUUCUUUUGGGACAGAAGAAGUUUGUCUUGAUAAAAAGGUUUAAAGUCACUUGAUAAACAUCAGCACAGAUGUUCGAAACAGUUUGACUGAGUUCCCUUGAGUGGGAAAGUAUGGUUAUUUUUAUUUUUCAAAAGCUUCAAAUCUACUUUGCAAUUAUCCUAAGAUCAAGUUUGGUUAUGAGCAGCAAUUUUAUAUUUUAUAACCUGUUGUGUCAAGAGAUGAGGCUGCAUGAAUUUUCUCUGACUUCUACAUGUUGAAUAUUACUAUAUUGUAGCCGAAAAUGAUCUUUGGAAUGGUAGCGUUGCCACCCAUCUUUUUAUUUUAAUUUUUACAUUUUAAAAAAAAUAUGUUUUGAUGUGAAAUAUCCUCCAUUCAGCAGGCUGGCUUCAUGUGUUACUGUCUCUCUUUCUUUUUAUAAGCCUGUGUUACAUCAUAGUUGUUGUAUUUGCAUUAUGUUUUUAAAAGUGCAUAAUUCUUCAGGCCCGAUCGGUCAAUUAAAUUUCAAUCAGUCAUCUCAGUAAGUGGAUUAUUGUCAGAGGAAACGCCGUCUGUAUACACGGCUUCUGUGUUUAGAGAUGGUAAACAAAGUUUCUCGUUCAUUGGAAGUUAAUUGACCUGGGUGUUAACGAAGAAAUCAGCAUUGUAAAAUUCCAUAUUUCAAAUCCACUCUGUACAACUUUAGACUCGGCAUCUCCGUAUAUCUACAGUUCCACUAACACUGUGACACCAGGUAUUAAAGUUGUUGGUUUUUUUGUGA